AUGCAUAUUUUUAUAAAUAUUUUUAUUUUAUUUUAUUUUUAGGAAAAUUAAUAUCUAAUAGAAAAGUAUAAAAACACCCCUUUUUUAAAUUAUGUAUUCCUUAAUAGUUUUUAAGCAAAAGAUUAAAUUUAAAAUAAAAUUGCUUAAUAAAUAUAAUAAAACGAAUAUACUUAAGAACUACUAAUAAAUAAUUCAUUAAAUUAAGUAGUUGAUAAUAACUUUUAAAAUGUAACCAAAAAUAAUUUUAUUUUCCAUUAUGUUAUUGGAAAAGGAGGUUUUGGAAAAGUUUGGAAAGUUGAACACAAAAAGACAAAAAAAAUCUAUGCAAUGAAAGAAAUGUCAAAAGCAAAAAUAAUUAGCAAAAGAAGUAUUAGUUCAGUUAUGAAUGAAAAAUAAUUAUUAAGUUAAUUAAAAUUUCCAUUUUUAGUAAAUAUGAAUAUAGCAUUUUAAGAUAAAGAUAAUUUAUAUUUAUUAAUGGAUCUUUUAACAGGAGGAGAUUUAAGAUUUCAUAUAGGAAAACAUAGAAGAUUUUCAGAAACAUAAACAAAAUUUUUUAUAGCUUGUAUGGUUUUAUGUUUAGAAUAUCUACAUUAAAAUAAUAUAAUACAUAGAGAUAUAAAACCUGAAAAUCUAGUAUUGGAUGAAUAAGGCUACGUAGGAGUUACAGAUUUAGGAAUUGCAAGGGUAUGGAAAGCAGAAAAUUCACAAGAUACAUCAGGUACGCCAGGAUAUAUGGCUCCAGAGGUUAUGUGUAGAUAAAAUCAUGGAAUUGAAGUUGAUUAUUUUGCUGUAGGAGUAAUAGGAUAUGAAUUUAUGUUAGGAAGAAGACCAUACUAUGGAAGAAGUAGAAAAGAAAUAAGAGAUUAAAUAUUAUCUAAAUAAAUGUAAAUUAAAAGAUAAGAAAUACCCGAUAACUGGUCUUUAGAAGCUGCAGAUUUUAUUAAUAGACUCAUUGAAAGAAAACCUUCUAAAAGACUUGGUAUAAAUGGACCUGAAGAAGUUAAGAAUCAUCCAUGGUUAAAAAACUUUCUUUGGUAAAAAUUAUUAAAUAAAGAAUUAUAAUCACCUUUUGUACCUAUAUCUAUUGAAGAUAAUUUCGAUUAUAGAUAGUAAAUAUCCUUAGAUGAUAGAGAGUCAAAUGAAGAUCUAAUUUAAUAAAAUAAAAUUCUAUUAAAAAGAAAAUCUGUUUAAAAUUUAUUUGCUGGAUAUAAUUUUGGAGAAGUUUAAAAUGAUAAAUAAAAUAUAUAAAAUAAGUCUGGGACUGUUUCUUCUACAAAUAAUUCAUAUUAUGAUAAUAGUAAUAGGAGUUUAUUCAUUUGA